CAUUGUUGGAAGCAAGAAUGAACCGUAUUAACGUGCUCUUGUUGGUGGUCGCAGCUGUGGUGAGUUUCACCGGAGCACAGCAGGAUGAUCUGUUCCCGCUGUCCGUUAUCCACUUCAACGAUCUACACGCGCGCUACAACCAAGUCAACUUGGAGGGAUUCACCUGUAUCGGUGAGGAACGUUGUCAGGGUGGAUAUCCGCGCCAGGUGAGCGCCGUCCGUCAGAUACAGGCGCAAGCGGAGAACUCGAUCUAUGUGAAUACCGGAGGCAGCUUCAAGGGAACCCUGUGGUACACCGUUCACCGAUGGGAGGUCGUUGCGGCUAUGUUAAAUGUACUGCCAGCGGAUGCAAUGACGUUGGGUCGUUUCGACUUCUUCCACGGACUGGAAGGCCUCAACCCCUUCAUGGCCGCCACGGAAACACCGAUCGUGCUGACCAAUGUGGACAAUUCGAACGAGCCGUCCUUUGUGAACUUUGAGCGUUCGGUUGUAGUUGAGCGAUCGGGUCGUCGUAUCGGUAUCCUUGGUGUUAUCCGUCCCGAUGUAGCUGCUGUUGGACGUCCGGGAAAUCUUACAUUCACCGAUCCCGUGGAAGCUGUCCGCACCGAAUCUGCUCGGCUCAACGAGGAAGGAGUGGACAUUGUUGUGGUUCUUUCGUACUACGGACACAACAACGAACGUAGAAUGGCACGUAACUGCGGCCCGUUCGUUGAUGUGAUUGUUGGUGGAUCGUCUAACACGGUGCUGUUUAGUGGUGACGCUACCGGCUUCCCACUGGACGUUGAGGGCAACUACCCAACGGUUGAGACACAGACCGAUGGGCACCGGGUGUUGGUAGUGCAGGCCGGUUCUUACGGUCGUUUGGUAGGCAAUCUGACGGUGUUCUUCAACGAGGAAGGUGAAAUCGAACAGUGGGAAGGUAAUCCGGUCUUUUUGGAUGCCGACAUGCCCGAAGAUCCGGAAGUGAUGGCUGCGCUGUUACCCUUCCGUGAGGAGGUAGAAACGCUCGGAAAUCGUACGGUCGCCGUGGCUGAGGUCGAUAUGACCCGACAGGACUGCAUAUCUGGAGAAUGUGUGAUUGGUUCGCUCAUCACCGACUCCAUGGUGCGAGCCUUCUUCCCGGUGUACAAUGGCAUUGCACUUCAGAACCGUGGAGGUAUCCGAGGUGAUCUACAGGCCGGCGCAAUCACGUACAAACAACUGUUCGAGGUGCUACCCUUCGAGAAUCAGCUAUACUCGUUGCUGCUGCGCGGUGAUUAUCUGAUGGCUGUGUUAGAGCAGAGCGUUCGUAGUGCGACAGUGGUCAAUGGUACGGUGCGGGCUACAAACCUCCUGCAGGUGUCGGGAUUGAGAGUGACGUACCGCAUCAGCAACCCACCAGGCAGACGGUUGGUAUCGCUGGAGGUGCUCUGUCAGCAGUGCACGGGAGAGGUGUACGAACCGAUCAAUCCGUUCCGCGAGUAUCGUGUAGCGAUGGCAAGUUUCCUGGUGGAGGGCGGCGAUGGGCUAUCAGUCAUUCCCCGCGAGGGUAUGGAUCUCGAGGAAGGACCGGUAGAUUUGGACGCAUUCGAAGAACACGUAGAACGGCUAUCACCUCUCAGAGAUGCUGAAGCAGGACGUAUUCGCUUCGUGUUCUGAGCAAGAACUUUCGUUGGAACUGGUAGUGAUAGUUAGAAUAUCUAAAGUAUGUAAAAAAAAGAAGUAUUAUGAGGGAAUAAAAUUAUAAAAAAGAUGAAGAGAAAACAA